UAAUCAGGUGGUUUUCGACGCGAUAUGAAGGUUUUUCGGGCGCUUUUUCGUUGGGUUUUGUUUCUUGUCUUGGCUUCACAAUGCUUCAACCCAAGAACAGCCUUCGCUCAAGAAAAGCUAUGCAAAGAUGUAUUGACGGAUUGUGAAUACUUCUUCAAUGUGGACGAAUGCAACAGAUACAGCGACCUUGCACGAAAAUAUUGUUCCGAGACAUGUGACCUCUGUCCUACACUCAGUCCUACAUUACUCCCAGCAUGUAGAGAUAUGUUGCCAGACUGUGCAGAAUACAUAAAGAAUCCAUCCCAGUGUCAUGGAGCGAGAGAAUUCUUUACAAAGUACUGCCCACGAACUUGUGGCUACUGUGAAUGUAACGAUAUUCUUGAUGAUUGCUCCUCCUACGUCACUGAUCCAAAUCAAUGUGAAUCGUCUCCAUUUUUCUCCAAGUAUUGUAGAAAGACUUGCAAAAUCUGUGAGAGCUGGAAUUUCACAACUCCUACAACAAAUCAACCUGUUACAUCAGCUGUCACAGCUCCAUCGACAACGACAUCCUCCAGAGAAUCCACAUCAACUGAGUCUGCGAACACAUCGACACUCACACCUACUGUCACAACACAAACAACUACAGUACCCAUACCACCAGGGUCGAUAGGUUGUGUAGACUCCCCAGACUGUACCUCAAUGAUUGAAAACGACAGAGAGCUGUGUAAAAAGCGUGAGGAGUUUAUGAAGGAGUACUGCCCGGAGUCGUGUGGUUUCUGCGAUGACGAUUCCUACUGUGAAGAUGAAAUGCCAGAGGAAUGUUCCUUUCUUUUUGAAAGAGACGAAGCGUAUUGCAAAUUCGAACCAGAGUACAUGGAGAAAAACUGUGCUAAGACUUGUGGAUUAUGUGAUUGUCGCGAUAUUUUACCGGUGUGCGCCUCUAUUGUUGCAAACAAUGGAGGUUACUGCGAAGCUAAUCCUGUGUUCAUGAAAACAAACUGCCCCAGAUCCUGUAACUUGUGUAAAGUUUCAGGUAGUAAUGGUAAUGUCAGGUCACCAAGCCCAGUUGGUUGUGUUGAUAAAAGGAAACAAUGCGCCAAGUUUGCAAGGGUCAGGAACUACUGUUCUUAUCAAGCUGUAUUUAUGAGAGAAAAUUGUCCAAAAUCGUGUCAGUUUUGUCAGAAGGAGUACAAUUUUGCCAUCAAUACAGAAUGGAAUGGAUCAAAAAUAAACCACUCCCCUAUCACUUUCCAAAUCAGUGCCCAGGACUCUCGAACCGUGCGUAUUUCCGUCAGUGGACCAUUCUUCAAUGAGCCAAACCCUCCACCGUGUAAUGCAGGAGCUGCUUGUGAUGGAUUGUGGGAUUUUGAAGUUGCUGAAGUCUUUUUCCUUGGAGAACGGGAAAAAUACCUAGAAAUCGAGCUUAGUCCGCACGGACAGCACUUACUUCUUCUUUUAAAUGGAGUGCGAAAGAAAUUCUUAGACAAACUUCCCAUUAAUUACACAGCCACAAUCGACCGCGCAAAGAAUACCUGGAAUGGUACUGCUGAUAUCCCAAUCGACUACUUUCCACCUGGAGUGAGAAAAAUCAAUGCAUACGCUAUUCAUGGCUCGGGCAACCAAAGGAAAUACGAGUCACUGUAUCCUGCAUCAGCUGAUGUCAUUAAUCCGGACUUCCAUCGUCUGGAAUUUUUCAAGCCGUUUGAUUUUGACGCCAUGUUUACCUUUUCUUGGAGUAAGCCGCAAUCACAUUAUUGGAAGAAUGUCAAAAGAUUACUGAGAGCAAGAUUCAGAGCUUGAUUACUAACUAAACAUGCUGUCAAUAAAUUGAGAGAACCUAAAUGAAAAUAUUGCUGUAAAAUAAAAUUACGGCAGCGAA